AUGUCGGGUCCCCCGGAGGAGCUGAGCGGGCGGCUGCGGCUGUCGUACCCGCCGGGGCCCCGGACCAGCCUCCUGCUCCUCCGGCUCAGCGACGCGGCGCUGCGGGCGCUCCGGGACUGCCAGCGGAUACAGGGCCGGCCCGGGCUCGCCUUCCAGGACGGCGGAGGGUACCUGCGACUCCCGGGCCCCGGCGGCUCCCGCCUCUUCUCCUUCUCGGUGUCCGCCUGCAGCCAGGACGGGUCCCGGGGAGGCCUGGACCUCGUUCGCCGCCGCCAGGGCAGGUCCGGGCCCGGCCCGCUCCGCUGCCUGGGGCCUCUUCGGGAACGCAUCACCGUCUGGGCGGCCGAGGCUCCGGCUCAGGCCCCGGCCCCUGCCCACUGCUCUGCCCGGCCCGACAGAGAGUCAUCCAGCCGGCCGGACGGCGGAGCCCGGCCUGGGGUGGACCCAGGGAGACGGCCGCGGACGGGCCCGGACCAGGCACCAGAAGCACCAGGAGGAAUCUCAAGGGACCAGGUGGCCCGGCGGCUACUGAGGGAGCGGACUCCGUGUCCUGCGAGGGAGUCAGAACCGAGGCAGCCGGGCCCCUCCGGCCAGAGGGCCCAGGCCUCGCAGCUGCAGCCGUCGGAGGCCUCUCCGGACGGCCCGGUUCUGCAGGACGGAUAUUCCGCAGAGGGGCUGCCCAGCCAGGAUCCGGGAGGAGGUGAGGAAAGGAAAGAAGAAGAAGAAGAGGAGGAGGAGGAAGAAGAAAAGGAAGAGGAAGAGGAGGAAACGGCUCUGCACUUAGAUCACAGCCCUCCAGCACAGACGGACCCUGAGCCACCCCAGCCAGAGGAAACGCCUGACUACUUCCUGCAGUUCGGGACCAUCCGCGACGCCGAGCAGUGCCAGGCCUACGCGCAGGCCUUCGGGGCCGACUACGCCGAGUACAGGGCCCUGCACGCCCGGGUCGGGGCCGUCAGCCGCAGGUUCACCCAGCUCGGGGCCGAGAUGAAGUGGGUGCGGCGUGGGAGCCCCCAACACAAGGUGCUGGCCGACAAGAUCGUCCACGAGUACAGGAAGUUCCAGAAGCGCCACCCGGACUAUAGGGAAGAGAAGAGGCGCUGUGAGUAUCUGCACCAGAAGCUGUCACACAUCAAGGGCCUCAUCGUGGCAUUUGAAGAGAAGAACAGGACCAGCUGAGGGUCCCGGAGAGACGCGGGGA